AGAAAAACAAAACACAAAAAAGAAAAAAAUAAAUAAAAAAAUGGCAAAGGCUAUCUUGGUCUUUUCUGCACUCUGCAGCAUAUUGGCCUUUGCCAACUUUGCUCUAUGCCAUGAAGUCUUCAAAGUCGAAGGCAGUGUCUAUUGUGAUACUUGCCGUGUUCAAUUUCAGACCAGAAUCAGUGAGAACAUUGAAGGUGCAAGAGUGCGGUUGGUAUGCAGAGACAUUGAGACAGAAAAGGUGAAAUAUGAAACAGAAGCAUUGACAGACAAGAAUGGCAAAUACAUUAUAGAAGCAUCAGGUGACCAUGAGAAUGAACUCUGUGAUAUAGGAGUUGUCCAUAGCCCAAGAGAGGAUUGCAAGGAACCUGCAAUUGGUUUUGAGAACUCAAGGGUUGUGUGCAGUAACAAUGUUGGCAUGCAUAAUCCAACACGUUUUGCUAACCCACUUUUCUUCAUGAAGAAGGAGAGUCUGCCUGGCUGCAAGGAUGUUCUUGAUGAGUUGGGUUUAUUCCCACUUGAAUUUUAAUUAAAUUACUAUCAAGUUUUUUAGAGAAAACAUUAGCUUUUGCCCUUUUUGUUGAUUUGGUGAAUCAA